AAGAUGGUCAGCAAGCUGAUAGCUCAGCUGAAGAGCAGCCAGAAGAAGAAAACGACGAUAGACUUUGCAGAACCACAAGAGUCCCGCAAGCCGGCCCCGUCACUGAAAACGCCUGGUAGGGCGAACGAAUUUAGUGCGAUUAGCCCGCGGUCGGCGAGAUCGAUUGAGAAGCGCCGGCAGGCGCAGAUGCUCGAGUACGAGCGGGAUUUUGAGCCGAUGCCUAAGCGGAGAGCUGUACAGGGCUUUGAGCGUACGCCUAGGGUCGCCAAUGAGCCAAAGUCGGCAAAGCGGUCGGCGGUCCGGUUCUUGAGCAGGGCACCGCCAAAGUACUCGAAGGAAUCUGUCGAGGAAGAUCUGGUGCCGAGGACAGGCACCAAAAGGCACCUCCAAGUAUACGCCCAAGCCAUGGAUGCGCCAUGUAGGGCUACCGUCGCGCAGACAGGAGGUUGAGGAGAAGGAGUCCCCAGUGUUUGCUGCUGUGGCCAAGCGACAUGAGACAAAGGUUGCCAGACCGCUGGUGCGGCAGGUCGAUCGGUCCUUGGACGAGGAGAUUAGGGAGAAACAGAGGCCCUCGUAUAGGGCAGACCCAGAGCCCGCUGUGGAGGAGGAGGAGGAGGAAGAAGAGGAAGAGGAUAAACAGGAGUAUGUUGAACGUGCCCCGAGAACCCCAGCGGCCGCCAGAAGAACCGAGCGGUCGACAGAGGCGGAGUACAUGCGCAGCACAAGAUACCAGCCCCGGGCCGUCCAAAAAGAAGAUGAUGAGGAUCAUUUUGAAGAGGGGGACGGGUUUGCUAAGCCAGCUGCAAAGACUCCUGCAAAAGCCAGAAGAUCCGAGCCUCCAGCGGAGCGGCUGUCUGGCCAAGAGUUUGGACAUGGCUCGCAGUAUCGGCUCAGAACUGCCCAGAAUGAGGAGGAUGAGGAUUUCGACGAGUAUGUGGAUGAGCGGCGGUACAAGCCCAAGCCAACCCUGAAGGCGUCAUUGAGCCCGUCCAAGGUGCCUCGCCGACUUUCCGAUUUCGAUUCCGAGCCUGUGCCCGCACCAGAAACCGCCCCGCCCCCCGCCCCGCCCCCACCCCUCCUGUGCGAUCGGCUGAGCAGCGUCCGCCUGUGCAGAAACGUGCAGCCCCCAGAUCUGCAGCCACUGGUGCUGAUAUCUCUGCAAAGUCACCGCCUAGCCGCGCAAUGCAGCCCAGAAGUCAGCAGCUGCAGAAGGAGGCGAUUCCGCUUGCCAAGGUCCUGGUAUCCGCUAAGCAGCGGCCGACACUGCCUACUACGGUCUCCGAUGCCUCCUCGUCGAAGCAGACGGCGACCAGCGGAGCACCAAAGUCGCAAGGGGCGAGUGGAACUGGUUCGCCGUCGGUGGGUAGCAGUGUUCUGCAGAGCGCGCUAGUCGAUGCUCUUGUGCCGAUGCGCGAGCAAAUCCGCGGCGAGAUCCGCAAUCUGCACCUGGACAUGAUAAAGCAGCACUUUGUGGUUCAGGAGCUGCUUCGGGGAUUGCAGCGCGAGGCAGCUGAGUCGCAGGCGCUGCGGCAACAGAUCGAGAUGCUGCGCAAGGAGAACGAGCGUCUGAUGCGCUAUAUCCCUUUCCACAACAUGCUGGAUGAGAGCGACUUGGCAGAGCGGCCCGGCGGUCCGAACGGCAUUUCCAGGGUC